CACCUUGUUGUUCAAUUGACAACUCAGCAAUUGAAUUUACAGCAAAUUGUUUGAUUGUUGAUGAAAUUUGUUGAUUGUUUGGUUUAAUCGUUUGGUCUUUGAUUUCUAUUUGGAUGUGUUAACCUUAAUAGAAAUUGAUUGUUUAUCUAGUUAAUUGUUCCGGUUUUAGGUGUUGGCUUGUUUCUUUAAUCGGCUAAGAAAUUAUGGCAAAUCCAAAUGGAUUUCAAGAGUUUAUUGAAUCAGCGGAGGAUGUUGAUGGUGUUCGCUUUAAUUGGAACCUUUGGCCACAAUCAAAGGUUGAAGCGACCAAAAUUGUUCUACCAUUGGGUUGCCUGUUUACCCCGUUAAAAGAGUCGACCACCCGACCCAUACCACCAAUAACCUAUGAGCCUGUUUUAUGUACCCGGCAAAAUUGUCGUGCCAUCCUUAAUCCUCACUGUCAAGUCGAUAAUCGAGCGAGAAUUUGGAUUUGUGGUUUCUGUUUUAAUCGAAAUCCUUUUCCAACCUCUUAUAAUAAUAUUCAAGAUUUGACUCAACUUGCUGAAACUCAGUUUAGUACAAUAGAUUAUACGAUUACAAGAGGUCCAAUUGGUACCGGUCCCAUUUUCUUAUUUGUGGUUGAUACUUGUCUUGAUGAGGAAGAGCUUUAUUCACUUAAAUCAAGUAUUCAAACAUCUUUCUCUCUGUUACCUCAAAAUGCUUUGGUUGGUCUAAUCACUUUCGGAAGGAUAAUCAGUCUUUGGGAGCUCAAUUCAUCUUGCGCUAAAUCAUUUGUCUUCCAAGGUGGUAAGGAUUACACCGCUAAACAGAUUCAAGAAUGGCUUGGUAUCUCGGCUGCCAAUCGGCCAACUGGUCCAACUGGUCAACCACAAGCUGGAGCGAUGGGUCAUCAUGGGAAUCCUCAUCAUGCUGCAGCUUUACCCAAAAAUAAUACGUCAAAAUUUUUACAACCAAUCUCCGAGUGUGGAGCCAUAUUAACCGAUAUCCUAGAUCAAUUGAACAAAGAUCCUUGGCCCACACCUCAAGGUAAACGGCCAUUAAGAGCCACUGGAUCGGCUCUUUCAAUAGCUGUUAGCCUAUUGGAGGUUACAUAUCCUAAUUGUGGUGCACGGAUAAUGUUAUUCAUCAAUGGUCCUUGUACCAUUGGUCCUGGUAUGAUAAUCGAUGAUGAUCACAAGAAUACAAUUAGAUCUCAUCAUGAUAUUGAAAGUGAUCGAGCUAAAUUCAUGAAGAAAGCGAUUAAACAUUAUCAAGGCUUAGCAACUCGAAGUGCAAAUAAUGGACAUACAAUUGAUAUUCAUGCUUGUGCCCUCGAUCAAACGGGAAUCCAUGAAAUGAAACAUUGUUCUAAUAUGACAGGAGGUCAUAUAAUUCUAGGUGAUUCAUUUGAUUCGAGUCUUUUUAAAACUUCCUUCCAAAGAAUUUUCAACAAGGAUAGCAAUCAAAAUCUAAAGAUGGCCUUUAACGCUGUUCUUGAGGUUAAAACUUCAAGGGAAUUAAAGGUUUCCGGUGCAAUUGGUCCAUGUAUAUCAAGCGGUAUUCGUAAUCAAUACGUAAGUGAUACCGAAAUUGGUAUUGGUGGUACAGCUCAAUGGAAAUUUUGUUCGCUAACACCAACCGUGUCAACUGCCUUCUAUUUUGAUAUUGUCUCACAAAACCAAGCCACAGCCGCUCAAACCUCUCAACGGGGUUACAUUCAAUUCAUUACUCAAUAUCAGGGUUCCGAUGGAUUUCAACAUGUCCGUGUCACUACCGUUUCCCGUAAUUUGAGCUCUCAAGAUUAUGCCUUUGAUCAAGAAUCUGCUUGUGUUUUACUUGCUCGUCUUGCCUGUCACCGAGCCGAAGCCGAAUCAAAUGGUCCCGAUGUGUUACGCUGGUUAGAUCGUAAUUUAAUUAGACUCUGUCAGCGUUUCGGUGAUUUUAGGAAAGAUGCUCCCGAAUCAUUCCAACUUGCACCCAACUUCAGCAUGUUCCCUCAGUUUAUGUUUCACCUUCGUCGAUCACAGUUUAUUCAAGUUUUCAACAAUUCUCCCGAUGAAACUUCCUUCUAUCGGCACGCUCUUCUCCGUGAAGAUUGUAUCAACUCACUAAUCAUGAUCCAACCCACCCUGGUAUCUUAUUCAUUUUAUGAGCCUCCUCAUGCCGUCUUAUUGGACACAAGCUCCAUCCAACCUGACCGGAUACUCUUGAUGGACACUUUCUUUCAUAUUGUCAUCUUCCGAGGUCAAUCGAUAGCCGAAUGGAGGAAAGCCGGUUACCAAGAACAGGCUGGUUAUGAAUCGUUUAAAAUGCUUCUUGAGGCUCCAGUAAAUGAUGCUAAUGAAUUAAUGUUAAACCGAUUUCCUUUACCACGUUACAUCCCCUGUGAUCAAAAUUCAUCUCAGGCUCGUUUCCUUUUAUCCAAAGUUAAUCCAUCAUUAACCCAUAAUACAACCAUCGGCUAUUAUGGUGACCAGUCGACCACCGCUCCCGUUUUAACUGAUGAUGUUUCCUUGCAAACAUUUAUGGAUCACUUGAAGAAAUUGGCUGUAAGCUCAAGUGCAACAUAAUAAUUAACUAAUUUUCUAGAUCAAUUUUAGAAUUUAUUAUUACAGAAAAAGAAGUGAAAACAAAUAUCCAGUGAGAGAGAGAAAGGAAAGAGAGAGAGAGGAAAAUGAGAGAGAGAGAGAGAGAAAAGAGAUUAUAAGAAAAAUCGUAUGAAACGAAUUCAAAAUCAAUAUAUUUCAAUCAAUUUCUCUUUAAUUAUAUAUUCAUUAUCAACGGAAAGAUUAUAAAAGUAAAUUAAGUUAUCUUGGUUUAAAAUUUAUGAAGAAAACAAUUAAAAUGGAAAUUCUUUUUUCGCCAUCAGAA